CCAUACUUUGACGUCUCAUAAAAUACUCACUACCCUAAUUCCUCUCAGGCUUUUCCACCACUCAACUACGUGAACAAGUUGCACCGAGGACUGUUUGAGGAAGACGAUGAUAGCCAGCAUACUCGAUGCACCUUCCUGAAGAACUUAUAGUCCUCUUUACUAGAUUCGCAUCUCACCCUGUCAUACAGCAAAUCGCACCGUUCGUCGUCCUUGUGCUUGUUCCUUUCCUGGUCUUGGUCGGUCAAGCGCACAUUGUCUCGCUAUUUGACUCAUUGUCCAUGGCCUUGGAAAAUCUCUCAUUUAUUCUACCCUGGAAUUGGUCUUUUGGAAAUGCAUCUAAUUCUUCAGGACGAAGGAAGCCUAGAAACAAACUUGUGCGCACCCGAGCAGAACAAAUAGGCCUGACCGGAGAUGCUAUCGGGAAGAACGAGAAUGGCCUUGAAGAUGGGGGUUACUACCCUGGGAUUGUGAACAUCUCUGGGACGUACUGUUUUAUGGAUUCCACGCUUCAAGCUAUGGCAUCCCUGUCGUAUCUUCUGCCGUACAUAGAAGAAAUACAUUCUCAAGCGGAAGCCUUGGAUGUACCUACACCGGUUAUUGAUGCCCUACGGGAUAUUAUUCACACACUGGACCGUCCUCAGCGCUCUCCUUAUGCAAUUCGGCCCAUUGAAAUGAUCGAUGCAUUAGCCCGACAUUCACAAGGGAAGCACAAUUCACUGUUCUCUUCACGCGAACAUCAGGAUGCGCAGGAGCUAUUCCAGCUCAUCUCAGAGUGUAUCAAGACCGAGGCAGCUGCAGUUGACAAGGAGAGCUAUCGCGAUCGAGGACUUGGCGGGCUUUCUCAUGGCUCACCGCAAACCAACCGAGACCUUGGAAAGAGCGUGUUCGAUGGCCUGACUGCGAACCGACGUAGCUGCAGAGAAUGUGGCUACACUGAGGCCGUUAUGCAUUUCGCCUUCGAUAACUGGCAGCUUACGGUGCCCCGCGUAUCUUCGUGUCAUCUUCAGGAUUGUUUGAGUGACUACACUCGAAUAGAAAUUCUCGAGGAUUGCAUCUGCCGCAAAUGUUCAAUGAUCUUCACAUACAAGAAACUUGAGGAAGAAGCCGAGAGACUCACUGAAGCUGCCGGAGCCCAUGAAGCUUCGCCUUCUAAGAAAAAACGUGCACGAGAAGCCCGAAAACUAGCUGCUCGGGUUAAAGCUGCACUAGAUGAGGGCAGGAUAGAGGAGGACAUCAGAGGUGUGAAGAUGGAGAAGGUCCUCAGUCGAGAAUCUACUAAGCAGGCUAUGAUCGCUCGGCCACCACCAGUCCUAGCUCUGCAUCUUAAUCGUUCAAUGCAUUGGGGCCAUUACGCAACUAAAAAUACCUGUCAUAUUUUCUUCCCUGAACUUCUCGACCUGAGUCCUUACACUACAUCUGGCAAACUCUCCACGAUACCGGACAAGCCGAUAUCCGAGCAGGGCCCCUUCAUUCCACGAUCUACGACGCCAACACCGGCGACUUACGCUGCCCCUCGCGUUCUGUACCGUCUAUCUGCCAUAGUGUGCCACUAUGGCCAACAUUCUUUUGGACAUUAUGUGUGCUACCGAAGGAAACCACGGCCGAUGUCUUCUGGGGCGAGACGAUUUGCACCGCCAAAGCUAGUAUGUCCAUUAGGCUGUACCUGUGAGAAGUGCCAGAUGUAUGGACCUGUCCGCGAUGAGGCCGAAGAUGGAGAGGAGAAAUUGAUUCCUUCCCGGAACGUACCUGGUCGAGGUUGGUUACGAAUCAGUGACGAGUCCGUACAAGAGGUCGGUCUGGAGACCGUUUUACGUGAAGGCUCGGGAGCGUUCAUGCUUUACUAUGAACGGGUGCUACAACCGGGUGUAUACAUCUCGCCUUCACCUCGGGGUUCAGAGGAGACACUUAAGCCGAAGAUGAACAGUUCGAACGCUUCGCUACAUAGCGUUCUCACUGAUGGGACCAAGACCGAUGAGGCCGUUGAGGAGAAGAAAUCGGUUCCCAAGGUGAUUGGUCCUAGAGUUGUUCGGAAUGUGUCGACACAGAGAUCAAGAAGCUCUUCUGCUUCGCCUCCGAAUCAGCCUUCGGUGUUGAGUUCUGGAUUACCACAUCCGCUCGCGAGUGUUCAGGAAGACAAGACUUCCAGGCCACUUCAGAACGGGGUCUCUUCACAUACUCCACCAAAAGCAGAAGCAUCGUUACCACCAAUUGCACCAUCACCGACGAAGAAGGCAAAAACUUCACCUCUUCAGCACAACACACCACCUACUGAGCUCCAUAUAUUAUCGCCGACACCGGUACGCUCUUCGUCUACUGAAGCGCAUCCGUUGUCCUCAACCUCAUCAUCUCCACCUGCCAGACCCCCUCAGCGCGCGAAGUUGGUGAAACCUCCUCCAAUUCGAGAACGAGCGGCCUCUCGAUCAGCACGAACGGUCGAUCUUCGGGCGUAACGCCAUAACCUUACAGUCCUAGAGCCUUUACAGGAAGCAGGCACAUCUUCUCUAUUCUGUUUGCGCAUGUUGUACAUUAGUAUCUUACCCUGUAGCUUAGUAUCCUUAAACUUCUAUUUUUUCGAGUACUCAUUGUCGCCACGCUUUUGGAUUUAGUCGCCCUGCACUUGACCGUUCUCCACUCAGCCCAUUGUAUUCCAACUAAACGCAAUAUACACACAUCCUACAGGUCCUCCAGAAAAAAUCCCAUCCUAAAUAACUGAACCACCCAAAUACUUAUAUGUACAAUCCACUCC